UCCCGGCCAUAACUGUCUUCCAGCACACUGAUCAGUUUCAUAAAAAAUAUUGUUUCUACAAUUUUUUAGAUCUAGAAAUCUAGAUCUAGGAUAAUUUAAGUACUAAGCAUUGAUAUAGAAUCUAGAUCUAACUACAAUGACUACUCUAGCAUUAAUGUUGUUUCUUGUAUUGAUUUAUCAGAUAUUUGCGGAGGACUGUGGGAACAACCUUCAGUGUAUUGCACCUCAUAAAUGUUGUGAGUAUAAAACUGCCUGCUGCCCUGAUGGUUUGUUUUACAGUAGGCUUCAAAUAUGGAAUAUGUGGUACUUUUGGUUUCUCAUCAUAUUCAUGAUGAUGUCUUGCUUUGGUGGUUGUGGUUACUACAGAAGAAGGCGUUUAGCAAUGUUGACAAGAUCUUCAGCAGCUCAACCUACAAGACCUAAUGUAAUCUUAACUCCUUGCCAAAGAGCACAUAGAACAACUAUUCAAGAUGGGAAUAGACAGUUUAAUUUCUUUGCUUACAGUGGACCAGGUUUUAAUGGACCUGAAGCAAUUUCUAAUUUACCUCCUGCAUACAGUGAGGUUGUUAAUGAACCAGCCCUUUAUUCUCUAAAUAAAGUUGAACUUCCCCCGUAUCCUGGGAACUAUAAACCAGAGGAUAGCCAUAUUAUGUCUACCCAUGGAGAUAAUAGCAUGCCUCCAGCGUAUACAGAAAUCCAUUUUGAUUCAACACAAGCAUUCACAGCUUCCCAGAAUAGUAUGCCACAACACACAGAUAGUGCUGAAACAGACCAGCAAGAGACAGCUGAUGGAGUUAACAGAGGGUAUUCAAAUCAUGCAAUGCAUCAUAGCAAUUAGAUUUUGUAUUAUGUAAUUACAAGUAUUAACCGCUCCUCUUUUUAACAUCUGUCGGAACCAAUAAUCAGCAAAAUAUUUGAUUUUGUUCAGAAAGAAUGUAAAAAUAACAAACCGAUAGCAUCUUAAGUUCACUUUAUGUGACAGUGGUAGAGCACAUAAUUCCUAAUUCAGAAGUUUUAAGUCUUGGGCUCAAGUAUAGAAUAUCCCUGAGUUCACCCAGAUCUGAUGGUUACCCAUUUAAGUCAGGUAAAUAUAUAGAUGACUGAGCAUAGCGCUAUAUAAUACCUUGAUAUACCGUGGUAAAAACAAAAUGGCGCUAUA